AUGGUGAUUUUUGUCCUUUGGGGCGUGCUGCUCCUGUGCAUGUCUGCCAAGGUGACUCGUAGAAGGGACUCCCUAAGACGGCUCUCGUUGAUGGGCAAGAAGAUCUUGAGUUAUGUCGAUAUCAACGGGAGGAGGAAAAGUGUCGAAGGAGAUGUAGGGUCCGUGAGCAACACGGAUAUGGGCAUGCCAAAGGGGCGGAGGGUGAGCACUGAGGGGAUUCCAAUCGGCAACACGGAUAUGGGCAUGCCAAAGGGGCGGAGGGUGAGUACUGAGGGGAUUCCAAUCGACGUCAGGAACAACCUGUCUGGGAGCAAGAGCUUUCUGGUGGAGCGGGUGCCCUCCGGCGACAAAGCGAGGGCGGGCGGAGGGUUUGAAAGGACGUCUUCCCUGGACCGUUCAAGACCUGCCCCUCAAGCUCCGUCGGGAUUUGAACGAGCUGCGUCGAGUGAAAGGAGCAGCAAGAGCAGUGGCUCCCGAUACUGGGCACACGUCAUCGCCAAGGAGAACAACUCACGUUCUCCGGAGCCAGUUGCAACACCAUCGAUGCACCGCUCGAUGGGAAACCUCAAGGUGUCGAAGUCCUCGGAGUCUCUGCUAACCCUCGCACAGCAGAGCCAGAUGAAGACCUGA